CCUAUAUAUGAAUGUAGACAUCAGUGAGUACUUUGCACCAGCUAGCAAUACCUUGUAUUGCUCUUGAUCAUUUAUCCGCUGAUAUGGCAGAGAUGGAGGUCGGAGAAGCUGCAAACAAGUAUCUCAGCCCAUGGAACAAGAACAAAGAAAAAGGUGGAUUCAGAGCCGCCUCAUUCGUUUAUGGGUUUGUGUUUUUGGAUAACAUAGGAUUUAUAGCAAACAUGGUAAGUAUGGUCCUGUACUUCAUGUUACAAAUGCACUUCAACCUCUCUGGUGCAUCCACUACCCUCACCAACUUCAUGGGAUCUACUUUCUUGCUAUCUGUCAUCGGCGGCUUCAUCUCAGACACUUUCAUCAGCAGAUUCCACACUUGCAUUAUAUUUGGUGCCCUCGAAGUCAUGGGUCUGGCCUUGAUAACAAUUCAAGCUCGGUUUGACAAAUUACAUCCUGACCCUUGUUCGGUCCAAGAAUCAAGCUGUUUGAAAGGUGGUAUUUCUGUGAUGUUUUAUGGUUCUCUUGCUCUAUUAGCACUUGGCAGUGGUGGUGUCAGAGGCGCCCUUCCAGCACUUGGAGCUGACCAGUUCGACGUCAAUGAUCCCAAGAGUGCGAAAGCCCUUGCAACUUACUUCAACUAUCUUAUUCUUGCCACCAGCGCUGGGGCAUGUAUUGGAGUGACCUUUGUUGUUUACCUUAGCAUGCAUGUUCACUGGUAUUGGGGAUUUUUCGUGGCCACCGUCCUUUCCUGCACUGCUUUCUCUUUUCUUUACACUGGCAAGGCUUUCUAUCGCCUCCAAGUACCCGAAGAUAGCCCUCUUGUUAAAGUUGUCCAGGUUAUAGUUGUGGCCAUUAAAAAUAGAAAGUUGCCAUUAGCAGAGAAUUCUGCUGAACUAUACGAGACGAAUGAAAAAGAAUCAGGACUUUCAGUUUAUCGCAGAAUACCACACACCAAACAGUUCAGUUGGCUAGACAAGGCUGCAAUUUUGAGGAAAGAAUCCAAACAGGAGCCUACAGCCUCAACUGGAUGGACGAUUUGCACGGUGACUCAAGUUGAAGAAGUAAAGAUCAUAACAAGAAUGAUACCUAUUAUAUUUAGUACCAUAAUAAUGAACACAUGCUUGGCUCAACUCCAGACAUUCUCAGUCGAACAAGGUUUCAUCAUGAACCGAUAUAUAGGCUCCUUCCAAAUUGAAGCUCCCACAAUUCCAGUCAUACCUCUUUUAUUCAUGUGCAUUCUCAUUCCUCUCUACGAGUUUGUUUUCGUCCCAUUUGCCCGUAAGAUCACUAAACACCCCACCGGCAUUACUCAACUGCAACGCGUGGGAAUUGGCCUAGUUCUAUCCGUGCUAUCAAUGGCAAUAGCAGGCAUUGUUGAAGUAAAAAGGCGAAAGUAUGCUCUUGACCACCCUGGAGAGUCCAUCAGCAUUUUCUGGCUCUCAUUUCAGUUUGGCAUUUUUGGUAUCGCGGAUAUGUUCACUCUAGUAGGCCUCCUGGAGUUUUUCUACAGGGAGGCCCCUAUCAAAAUGAGGUCGUUAUCGACCUCGUUUACAUGGAUUUCACUGUCAUUCGGAUACUUCUUAAGCACCAUAUUUGUGACCAUGAUCAACUCUGUGACCAAGAAAGUUACACCAAGCAAAAAAGGAUGGUUGCAUGGACAAGACCUUGAUACUAACAACUUGGACCUGUUUUAUUGGUUUUUAGCCAUUCUGAGUUGCCUCAACUUUGUACAUUAUCUGUAUUGGGCCAACUGGUACAAGUACAAAACAGAACAAGUGAUGAUUGAGCCCCUGCAGGCUCAGGAGUCAAUAUCCACAAGUGCUGCCUACUUGAUAAAAAAGGAUGAUGGUAAGGCUCAGAAUGAGUAAAAGCCAUCUACAUGUUUUAUGUGGUAAUUAGAUGGGAUGUUCUGGUAGUCUAAGUUCUAUUUUCUGGUCUUUCAUGUGUAAAAUUUUGUAAAGGGCAAUGCUCUGGACAUAUGCCCCAUGGUUCUUUCAAUCUAAUAAUGACAAUUUUGUUAACAUGUAAAA